UCUAAAGAGUGUUUUAAACCCCUCAUGUCUAAAAAUUAUACUUUUAAGAAUUAUUCUCUUGCUCUUUUUAAGGUGUGCUCCGAGCGGGUAUAAACUGUAGGUGUCUAAACUCUAAAUGAUUGGGCUACUUGAAAAUGAAGAGGGAUAUGAGAGCACCUGUGUAAGGCAAUCGUUAUAAAUGAUUACAGUCGAUCGCAGGCAAAAUGAGAUUUAGAUUUCUGGGAGACGGAGACUGUCCUGAUUGGUUGUUGGUCGAAAUUAAUACAUUGUCUCGAAUGACAUCCAUCAAGAUGAAGUCACUCGGUCAACUUGUCGUAAAAUCUUUAACGGAAGGUGAAUUCGACGAGGAAAAAGUUAAGAAGCUUACACAGGAUGCUAAACUAGAACUCAGCGAUGCAAAAGCGAUCGUGGCAGCUUUGGAAUUGAUUUUUACAUCCUCAGCUCGUUAUGGAGUCUCUGUAGCUGAUUUAAGCAGCGAAUUACAACAACUUGGACUUCCUAGAGAACAUAGUGCUGCUGUCGCAAGACUUUAUACAGAUAAUUCUCCUCAGAUUACAGCUAUCCUAACAUCUCAAUCUCUAAGACUUAAUCGUCUAACUUCAAUAGAUAUUGCACCCGGAGAAAAUUCAUCUCCAUUUAAGAGAAUGACUCUAAAGUUGAAGAACGUAGAUGGAAAAGAAGAUGAGACCAGCAUAAACAUUCUGAAAAAUGAAAUUCCAGUUCUACUCACAGAAUUAAAGCGAGCAAGAUCCAUGAUGGAGGGAUAUUGAAGACUAACAAUAAAAAUAUUUAAUUUAAACAUUAAAUAAAAUAUUAAUUAGCAAUAUUUUGUUAUUUGUAAAAUUAACAUAAAAAUAUUUGCAGGGAAAAUAAAAUCAAAACCAAAA